CCAUACUCAACCCUGGACCGGGGCUCACACCACCGACAACACCCUUCACGAUGGAGCUCUCUCUGCCAGAAGUGGAAGACGGAAGGUUGACAGACGUUGACGACAUCAGACUGCCAUGGCUCAACCCCGCGUCUCUUUGAGACGGCUCUGUAGACUCGUACCGUCCCAGAAUUCGAGACUCUACACAAGCCGCAUAAACCCUCACUGGCAGUCGCUGAAAUGCCUGCCCCGGAACUCGCAACGCCUGCUUCAUACUUCCCCAGCUCUUGCUUCACCAUCCGGUGAUAAAGUAAGCGGCCAAAAAUUGCGCGAAGAAUGGGCACAGUACAGCCAAUUUCCCAGUGCAUCCAAGGCCGCUGACUUCGUCGAGGGCAACAAGGUCACCGUCCAUGGCUUUCUCCUGCGACGAAGAGUCAAGAGCUCAAAACUGGUGUUUGCCGACAUUCAGGUUGAAAAUGGCCCAUCGGUGCAGGUCACGUCCACAUUCAAGGAGGAUGGAAGCCCCGAGCAGUUGGUCACGAGGGCCCUGAGAGCAGUCCCCUUGUAUAGCCCCGUGAGCGUGACUGGAACCGUUGCCCGGCUCCAUGGCAACCGUAUCGAUUUGGACCUUGACGCCGUCCAGCCUCUUAAUGCAUUUCCCAAAGACAUCAUAGUCUCCGAGGGCGUUCAAUUUCCUGCCUCUGCCAGGCAUCUUCAAAUCCGCUUCUCAGACCCCCUUCGCUCACGGCUGCUGGCCCGUCCCCAGAUCGGCUUCCAGCUCAGGAAAACACUCAAUGACCUUGACUUCACCGAGGUGGAAACGCCUAUCCUGUUCAAGUCUACUCCUGAGGGAGCAAGAGAGUUCUUGGUCCCGACAAGACGUCGCGGUCUGGCUUAUGCUCUGCCCCAGAGUCCGCAGCAAUACAAGCAGAUCCUCAUGUCAAGCGGUAUCCGUGGUUAUUAUCAGUUUGCUCGCUGUUUCCGUGAUGAGGACUUGAGAGCCGACCGCCAGCCAGAGUUUACUCAGCUUGAUUUGGAAAUGGGCUUCGCCACGGGCGAAGAUGUCAUGCGCACUGUCGAGACUCUUGUCUCUCAGCUGCUUCCUGCUCUGAAUGCCCAAUUCAACGUCGUCAGACAAGGAGAUGAUAUCUAUCCUGUACCCAAACGCAACUUGGACAACGGCGAAUCGACCGAGAAUGGUGACCUUCAAUGGCCUGAACCUACCGCUCCUUUUCUUCGGCUCACGUACGACGAGGCCAUGACAAGAUUCGGUAUCGACAAACCCGACCUACGGAUCCCCUUCGAGCUACACCGUGUCGACCAUGUCCUCCCCGCCCAGUUUGUUUCCAUGAUCACGCACACCGAGCAGCCUAUAGUUGAAGCCUUCCGCAUCCGUCCCCAGUUUGACGGAGAAACGGUCACUCCCGGUACCAUUGCUGAGUUCGUCGACAAACUCAUGGACCAACUCCCCAAGCCCCUUGCCAACAAUCCCGACGGAGCUCCCGCCGCCCUCAUGUUCAACUCCAAGAAACCUCUCUGCGGUCUCUCAUCACUUGGCUUUGAGGGCUUUGACGCGCUCACCAGCAUGGAAGCUUUUUCCGACCUUGAGGACGGCGACGUGCUCGUCUUCCAGGCGCGCAAGAACGCCCCCUUCCAGGGUGAAGGCUCCACAGCCCUCGGCGUUGCCCGCACGCACUUCUACCGCUCCUUCGUUUCCGCUGGUCUCCUCCCGCAAAGCCUCGACCUCAAGUUCCUCUGGGUCGUCAACUUCCCCAUGUUUACCCCCGACGACGGCAUCGACCCCGGCCAGGGCGGCCAAGCCGGGUUCAAAGCCACCCACCACCCCUUCACCGCGCCGCUCACCGAAGCCGACGUUGAGAUGCUCGCCACCGAUCCGCUCAAGGCGCGCGCCGACCACUACGACCUCGUCGUCAACGGCGUCGAGCUUGGCGGCGGCAGCCGCCGUAUCCACCUGUCUUCCAUGCAGGAGUACGUGAUGCGCAACAUCCUCAAGAUGACGGAUGCGGGUCUGGCCCAAUUCUCUCACCUGCUCGAGGCGUUGCGGGCGGGAUGUCCGCCGCAUGCCGGGUUCGCGCUGGGCUUUGACAGGCUGGUUGCUAUAUUGACGCACACGGAUUCUGUGAGGGAUGUGAUCGCUUUCCCCAAGAGCAUGAAGGGUGAGGAUCUGACGGUUAAGAGCCCGAGUAAGAUGACGGCUCAGCAGUUGGAAACUUACCAUUUGGCGAUCGCUAAGAAGGAAGAGGUGAAUAAGCAAGAUGUUUGAGAGAAGAAAAAUGUGUGUUGAGAAGGGAAAGC